AUGGCCACGCCCUCCUGCCCUGCCUGCUGGGGGCGGGGCUCCAGCGUGGAGGGCAGCGGCACUGACGCGACCCAAACACCACUGAUGGCGGCUGCAAACAGCCACAAGACGACGUUAGAGAAGCUGCUCAGCCUUGGUGCCGACCCGCUGGCUGUUGACAAUGGAGGAUGGACGGCCCUCCACUGGGCUGCAGUAGAAGGUGAAGCUGAGUGUGUGUCUACCCUCAUUCCGGUCACGCCGCCCACCCCCGAGCUCCUGCAGGCCGCCGACGGACACACCCCGGUGCACCUCGCCAGCUUUAGUGGCCACGAGGUUGUGCUGAAGGCCCUGGAAAGGGCUGGCUGGCCUCUUUACGCAAUGGACGGCGAUGGCCUGACACCCCUGCACUGGGCUGUUAAGGCAGGGCGUCUGAACGUGGUCAGGUACCUGCUGGAUAAGGACACGGCGCCCAGUACGGGGGCCGGUGAUGACCUCACGCCGCUGGACUUGGCUAAGAGGCAGGGUAAAGACUUAGCAGCGAGGUGGCUGGCGAGGAGGAGCGGCGCGGUGCAUGGGGACGCCGCCCACAGCCUGCAUCCUGAGGUCACGUCCAGUGCCGGGGUGAACGCUGCAGCAGGUGACGACGCGCUGCGGCCAGAGGACGUGAGGAAACUGCUUGGCUUCAGGGAAUGGCUGAUAGACUACUUCAACAAGAAGGCUUACAAUCAGCUCAUGAAGCUGGAGUUUGGUUGA